GGGGGUACCGGGCGCACGUGGGGCCGCGCGGGGCGGAGCGGGCCCGGUGCCGGUGCCGGUGCCCCUGCCCGGUGACUGGUGCCGGUCCAGGAGGGGCGAUGGGGGAGUUCGAAGUGCACCGGGUGCGGUUCUUCGGGCUGGUACCGGCCGGGGUGCGCUGCCUGGCCUGGCAGCCCCGCGGGAACCGUCUGGCCCUGGCCCGAACCGACGGCGCCGUCGAGAUUUACAACUUCGCCGCUAACUACUUCAUGGAGAAGGUGAUCCCCGGGCACGAUGCCCGCUCCGUGGAAGCGUUGUGCUGGGCGUCGGGAGAGCGGCUCUUCGGGGCGGGUCUCGGCGGGACCAUCACCGAGUACGACCUGGCCCGGCUCUGCGUGUCCAGCUCGCUGGAUGGCGGGGGGGGACCCAUCUGGAGCAUGGCAGCCAACAGCUCCGGCACCCAGCUGGCAAUUGGCUGCGAGGAUGGCUCUGUUAAACUCUUCCAAGUCAUUCCUGGGGGGAUCCAGUUCGAGCGGAACCUGGACAGGCGGAAAGGCCGUAUCCUCUGCCUCUCCUGGCACCCAUCAGACACUCACAUCGCGGCCGGCUCCAUCGACAUUCUCCGUGUAUUGGAUGUCACUUCAGGCCAGACCCUCCAGAGGAUCAUGGUGAACUACCACGUGCAGAAGGUGACACGGGAGUGUGUUGUCUGGAGCAUCGCCUUCCUCUCCAGCGGCACCGUUGUCACCGCUGACUCCUUCGGGAGGGUGCAGUUCUGGGACUGGGAGCGAGGGACACUGGUGGAGUCCCACACCGUCAGCACCUCUGCUGUCCUCUCCCUGGCUGUCUCAGAGGAGGAGGACAGCAUUGUUGUGGGCACCUCCACCGGGGCCACCUACCAGCUCCAGCUGCUGCCGGUGAAGAUGGGCAGCCUGGAAAAGCGCUGGGUGCGGACGAAACCCUUCCAGUAUCACACGCACGACGUGCGAGCCGUGGCACACAGCUCGACAGCUCUCAUCUCCGGGGGCCUGGAUGCCCAGCUGGUGAUCCGCCCGCUGAUGGAGAAGGUGCAGAAGAAGGGCUAUGAUGUCGUGCUCCGAAAAUUCACCUUCCCCCACCGGCGCCUCAUCUCCUGUGCCAGGAAAGCCCGGCUGCUUCUCUUCCAGUUCUCCCAGCACCUGGAGCUCUGGAGACUGGGCUCUACUGAUGAGACAGGAAAGGACGGACAGGUCCUCCCCGUGUGCCGCCUGCCUGAGCACCUCGUGCAGCUCAAGAGCAAGGGCCCGGAGCACAUCUACUGCAGUUGCAUCUCACCCUGUGGCAGUUGGGUCGCUUACUCCACCGCCUCCCGCUUCCACCUCUACCGGGUGCGGUACGAGGGCGACGGCGUCAGCAUCAAGAAGGUCCCCAAAGUCCCCAAGCUGCUGCUCCCGGCAUACCAGCUCCAGUUCUCUGCCGACUCGGGCAGCCUCUUCGUUGCCUCUGCUCGAGGCUCUGUCCAUGUCCUCCAGCUGCCAGAGCCAGGGGGAUGCAAACAUCUGCACACAUUUCGGCCACCCUCAGGGUCCCCCGAGGCCGUUUACCUGCUGGCAGUGAGCGGGGAUGGGCACUGGCUGGCGGCUGUUGGCGGGGACUGGGCCAUCCAUAUCUACAACCUGAAAUGCCUCAAGCAUCACUGUGUGGUGCCCACCUACAGCUGUGCAGUGACAGCCCUCGCCAUCCACCCCCUCACCAACAACCUCGUCAUUGCCUACUCGGACCAGCAGCUCUUCGAGUUCAGCAUCCCCGAGAAGCAGUACACAGCCUGGAGCCGUGCGGUGCAGAACUGUGGGCUGCACCAGGCCUGGCUGGAGAGGGACACUCCCAUCACCCACAUCGCCUUCAACCCCAAGAACCCCUCACACAUCCUGCUCCAUGAUGUCUACAUGUUCUGCCUCCUCGACAAGUCCCUGCCCUUGCCGGAUAACAGUGCUCUCCUGAUGAACCAGGGUGCCCUGAAGCAGCUCCCAGAGACAGUCCGGCGGCGGCAGCUCCACGCCUUCAAGAUCUGCAAGAAGUUCCAGCCCCUGCUCUUUGCGGACAUGCUGGAUGAGAGCUGCCUGGUGAUGGUGGAGAGGCCCAUCAUGGACAUCAAGACCCAGCUGCCACCUCCCAUCCAACAGAAGAAGUUUGGCACCUGAUGGCAGAGUGAGCUGCAGAAACUGUCAGUGUGGAUUUCCUAGGCUGGAAUAAACCCCACUCUUC